AUGAGCGAAGGCCUUGUUGAUCGCCCAGCUCCUCACAAGAUCCGUCUCCCAGAGGUACCCGUCUCCUCUGCAGAAGACAUCUACAGUAAUGCCGUUGGUCUCCUGUUCCCAGACAACCUACGCACUUUCCAUGGCGAUCCCGGUUCACACGUCACCUAUGUAUCCAAACGCUUUGGAGAUAUGGAUCUCAGCCUCGUCGAUCCACAUGAUCAAGACGAGCGGGUGCUGUUCGCUCAUCAUAUCUGGAAUUCCGGUAUACAGCUGGCCGAGUUCAUCAGCGAUGCCAGUGAUCCUACAAAGGAGGGAGAAAGAGACGGUAAAUGGGAUGUGACUGGGCAUUCAAUUCUAGAGCUGGGAUCUGGUACCGGCUUGGAGGGGAUUGUGAGUGCUUUGGCUGGAGCUGAAGAGGUCGUCUUGUCCGACUAUCCCUCUCCCGCAAUUCUAGCCAAUACCAAGGCCAACGUCGAAAGGAACAUCCCAAAGGAGCUGCAGCAGAAGCUGACUGUGCGAGGCCAUGAAUGGGGUGUCCUUACAGACGAUUUCUCCAAAGACUACGCGAGUCACUUUUCUCGGAUACUCUGCGCAGACUGUUUGUGGAUGGAUGGUGAACACUACAGUCUUGCCCAAUCUAUGGAGCACUUCCUCUCUCACAAAGACAAUGCCCGAGUAUGGGUGAUAGCAGGUUUUCACACCGGCCGAGCAAAGCUCGCCUCUUUCUUCGACAUUGCAGCUCAAGCAGGUCUGGAGACAGAACACAUCUGGGAGCGAGAUGCUGAUGGAAAUGAACGAGAGUGGGCCAGAGAGCGAAAUGGUGGACAAGAAGAUGCAACGGGGCGGAACAAGUGGCUUGUGGUUGCCAUACUCAAACGCAAGCAGGCGUCGUCUACCGAGAAGGUAGGGAAGCAUGAACAGUUCUUUGCGUCUAUGCUUAUGCAGAAGUCAAAUCGGCAUACCUAG